AUGGGAAGUUGUGAGCUUGCAAAUGCCGGUUUUGUGGAACCGGAUGCGGAAUUUGCUGAGGAUGAUUUGUUCGGCUUGGAUGAUAUGAGUGGUGCUAGUUUGAAUAGUUUGGAUGAUCCAAUUCUUAUCACAUCUUCGUUUCUGGAACGCGAUAAUUUUGAGAAGGAACUUGGUUGUUCAGCAGAUGAUCCGUUUGCGGAAGAUUUCACCAAUAUAAGUCAGCAUGAGAUUGUGAAUGUGAUUGCCGACGGUGAUUGGGUGGGGAGGCCGAUUGUUGUGAUCUACGCUUAUCGGCUUCCUUCAAAUAAAACGUUUGAUCACGCGAAAUUUCUACGAUUUUUGCAAUUUACACUGGAUAAAUUGGUUGAGUUAGACUAUACUAUUGUGUAUUUCCACUAUGGAUUGCGAAGUAAUAACAAACCAUCCUUAAAAUGGUUACUUCAAGCAAACUCCAUUCUAGACAGAAAAUACAAGAAGAACUUGAAAGCGCUUUAUCUGGUUCAUCCGACACGAUUCAUUCGUAUUGUUUGGAGCAUCUUCAAACCAUUUAUAUCCAUUAAAUUUGAGCGGAAGAUUCAUUACGUCAAUUACUUGCAUGAAUUGGAUUCGGUUUUGCGCGUGGAGCAACUCAAUCUCCCGCAGCCUAUCAAAGAUCACGACUCAUCACUUCUUUUGGCCUCACGCAUUACACCUGACAAAUCACAACUGACCAGAAGAUCCUGCCCAACCCCACGUCCAACUCAACAGUUCAAUGUUCCAUUGGAAUUCAUAUUAUCACACAAUCCUGACUGUGAUGUACCUCCCGUAGUCACUGAUCUCACUGCAUUUCUGCGAGACAAUUCCUUAAAUGUUGUUGGGUUAUUCAGGCGAUCUGCUGAAGUUAAUUCAAUUCGAAGAUUGCAGGAACGUAUUGAUAGAGGUGAAAAAAUAGAUUUUUUGAAUGAAGAACCAUAUAAGAAUAAUUUGUUAGCAGCAUCUGUCGAUGCUUCGGUCUUAUUGAAGACGUUUUUGCGUUCACUGGGUGAGCCGGUUAUUACCAAUGCAUUAUACCCCAAACUUACUGCUCUCUCAGAAUUGCCAAAGGACAAUAAAUUGGGAGCGAUCAUUGAAAUCGUGGAUGCUCUCCCACUUGGAAAUCGAAUGUUGUUGAAGACUGUAUGCCAGUUCUUGACAGAGGUAGCUGCUAACAGCAAAGAAAACUUGAUGAAUGCUAACAAUCUCAGUGUUGUUUUUGGUCCAAACUUAACAUGGCCUACAGAUCGCGAGGUUCCAAUAACUCAGUUAAAUAACCUGAAUAAUUUUUGUUAUCGUUUGAUCAUGGACUAUGAUAAAGUGUUCAAGGGAAAAUGA